GCGCACUUCCAAUCACACCUGGGGAUUCACCAACACCAUCCCUGCCAUCCCACACAGCGCCACAAAGACUGCCCGCAAUCCUCGACCAUUCGGCAUUUCCCCAGCUUAGUACCUACACAAGUACUUCUCUCGCUGCUCGCGUGUGCCUCGAAUCUUGACUCCUUUCCUCACCCCUACCAAAAACCACAACAGACCGCACACAAGCUCUAUACGACUGAUUUUCAGCAGGCUCUGCACUCUGUUUGAGCCUCGCGCAAGCCCUUCUGACUUGUUUACAUCGUACCCGACCGUACAGCCAUGCUUGCCCGACGGUUACCCCUCUCCUCCCACCAAGCUUCCAGCCUUUUUCGCGCCUUCACCACCUCUGCACUAUGUAAAGAACCAGCUCGCUCGCCAGGCUUGGGCGAUAUUACGCCUGAAGGCGCCGGUGCUUUUGAAAGCAAACAAAAGGAAUUUCGAGAUGGACUUGAGUCGGCGAAAAAGAGAAAGGAUCUAGCUGAAAAAGAGGCACGGCAAUCCGAAACAGAUACCACUACCAAGCGCAGCGGCACGCUCAGCAGUCUGAUCUACGGCACAAAGGAAGGUCAAGAGAUGGACAAAGAGAUGGAGAGAUCGUUCUCGCAGGUACUCGCUCGCGGCAAAUACGUCCACUCGAUUGUCUUCCACGACGUCAAACCCGAUAAGGUCGAUGAAUAUGUCGAGCUGGUCGGUAGUUGGUACCCCAAAAUGGCCAACGAUCCGGCAAACAAGGUCCAUCUGGUCGGUAGCUGGAGGACGGAAGUUGGCGACUGCGACACUUUUGUACACAUUUGGGAAUAUCAGCGCUACACUGGAUAUCAUGGCUCUCUGCACAACAUUUCACAUCACCCAGAGUUUCCUGCCUUUGACAAGAAGCUAAAGACGCUCAUCAAUUCUAAAAAGGUAUCGCUUAUGCAGGAAUUCUCAUUCUGGCCGACAACUCCACCACGAAAACUUGGUGGACUAUUCGAGCUGCGAUCGUACACCCUGCAUCCCGGUAACUUAUUGGAAUGGGAAACGCACUGGAGGACUGGACUGAAAGCGCGAAGGGAAGUCAUGGAAGGCGUUGGAGCAUGGUUCGUACAGAUAGGAGAUCUGAAUACCGUCCACCACUUAUGGCAGUUUGCGGAUCUUGAGGAGCGGAAGUUGAAUCGAGAGCAAUCUUGGGGAGUGGAAGGUUGGUCUGAUACCGUCCACAAGACUGUGCCACUCAUCCAGACGAUGAAGAGCAAGAUCCUGAUUCCAAUGCCGUGGAGUCCUGUGGGCUGAAAGUGUGCUUGGGAGGGUGACUGAAGGAAUGAAUAUGCUUGCACAAGCACAUAUGUCCGCACAUGCUGCCUCGAGGAAGACCCGCGAAUACUUAUGAAUGCGUUGGUACCAGUCAACGCACUGUUGUAUAGGUAGCAUGUUCAUGCUACGGCCCUCGCUGCUUCGAGGACAAGAUUUAGCGCAAAAUACUAUAGUACAUUGAUCCUGA